AUGUUUGCCAACCUGACUGGCAGCCUCUACGACGGCGGCAGCAGCAGCAGUAGCACGUUCUCGUUUGGAGCCAGCACCAGCCGACGAUCGGCAUUCCCCAAGACCAACAUGGAGGUGUUGCUGGACAACCAUUUUCAGUCACGGGUAUACACGACGGGCGACUCGAUCACGGGCAGCGUGCGGAUCGUCACGCAGCGAGACGUGCCCUUUGACGCCUUUGAGAUCGUGCUGCUGGGCGCCUCGCGCACACAGAUCGAUGCCGUCAGCGGCGUGCGCGAGUCGAGUCACAUCCUGCUCAAGAUGGCCAUGCCCAUUGCGCCAUCGGCCUAUCCGGUGCCGCGAGUGCUCGAAACCGGCCAGGAAUACGUGCUGCCCUUCCGCUUUGUCGUGCCGGCACAUCUGACACUCGGCGCCUGCAACCACGUGGCCAAGUCCGAUCGGGUGCGCGACCACCACGUCUGCCUGCCGCCGACUAUGGGUGAUGGUGCCUGGGAGCGUGACGACAUGACGCCGGAUAUGGCCCGUGUCAAGUACGUCGUCCGUGCUCGCAUCUUCCGCGAUGCCGACUCGGCCAAGCAUGGCCAUCCCACCGUUGUCGCCGAGGCCACGCAGUCCGUCCGCAUCCUGCCAGCUGGCAUCGCCCCCGAUGACGACGAAUUGUUUACGAGCACAGACGAUAACAACAACAACAGCAGAAGCCGUGGCUACUACACUCUGUCGAAAUCCAAGUCCCUGCGCAAGGGCCUGCUGAUGCCGCUUCUGCGCACGGCCAGCAGCAAGCUGGGCUGCGUUCACGCCACCGUGACCGAACCUGCCACGCCCGUCAUCCUCUCGACAGACGGACAGACUGCCUCGCCCACGGCUGCGCGUGUCAGCCUGCGCUUCGACCCCACAGCUGUCGACGUGCCGCCACCGCGCAUCACUGCCGUCUCGGCUAAGCUGCUGGCACACACCUACUUUAGUUUGGGCCCCAUUGUCGCCCUGCCGAAUCCCGGGACCUGGUCGUCUGGUGGCGUGCUCUUGGAGCGGGCCUGCUACUACGACACGUCCGUGUCGCUGCUCUCGCGCAACUUUGGCAGCAGCGAGAACGCGUGGGAGCCGCAGGUGACGACCAGCCGGCGUGACUCAGGCUACUGCAGCGACGGAAGCCCAAAUGACGACGACGUCGCUGUGCAGAACGGCCUCGACGGCCAGGCCAGCAAAGACGCCGUCGGGAUCUCCUACACAACCGACCUGCUCGUGCCCCUGCAGCUGCCGGCUGACCGCAAGACGUUCCUGCCCACGUUUCACUCGUGCAUCGUCUCCCGGACGUACUCUCUGCAGCUCAGCGUGUCUGUCGCGCCCAGCUCGACCACCUCGUCCAGCCGAUACAGCAAGAAGAGCGGGCGGGGCAACGGCAGUAGCAGCAGCAGCAGAAGCAGCAGCAGCAGCAUAGUGGGUACGACCACAAUCACGCUGACGAUGCCAAUACGCAUCAUCGUCGGUAGCAGCGAUAGAGCUGUCGGCCAGCCUGACGAACACGGCCUUCCGAGUUUCGAUGCCGCCAUGGAGGAGGCCGAGGCUGAUGCUUUCCUGAUGCCACGCAUGCUUGAGAUGCCAGAUGCUCGCUUCCAGGAGACGAGUGUGCUGCCGGGGUAUGGCAGCCACUAG